GAUGUCUGGGACGAUCUCUGCAACAAACGCCACCAACGACGACCAUCAGCGUACAUGUUGAGUAUGUCGAACCGGCAACAGCGAUUACUGUCGUCUCCCAUGUCGAUUUGUCAGAGCGUCGAGUUUGACUCGGACCAGUCUCAGGCUUUUAAUUACAGUGGGCGCUCAAGUUGAUGAGUAGUCUUGGAGACUGCUUCCGACACUCCCUGUGAAAGUGCCUCGGUUUACCUUGGGUUCCGAUAGUCAACUGGGAUCCUGAAGGAUAAUGUGGCCUUUCACUUCUAGCUAUCCCGAGUGGUCUCUGCAGUCUGUAUGGACAGUAUAUGACUACAUUGUGGUCGGAGGUGGGAAUGCGGGCUGCGUCCUCGCUCGCCGUCUGAGCGAGGAUGCAAAACGUACCGUGUUAUUAGUCGAAAGAGGCGAUGCGAGGGAUUCAUGCUUGGACGUCAAUCCCCUCUUAUCCAUUCACCACUCCUCGGACCAGAAGCACAGUGUCGUAAUUGAAUCUGCGGUUGACCCUCGCUUUGGUCGGUCCUUCCCGCUGGUUGUCGGCACUGGCCUUGGUGGGGCGACGCGCAUCAAUGGAAAUCAGUAUACAUGUGGUGUACCAGCGCAAUAUAAUCUAUGGAGCCAGCAAGGACGGAAGGGGUGGUCCUACAAAGAUAUCAAGCCGUACUUUGACAAAUCGGAGCGAUGGAAUGGCCCAGUUCCCCGUGAAUAUCACGGCUUGGAUGGGCCGCUCGAGGUCACGUCCUUCGAAGAGUUUCAAUUUGGGAGCUCGAGGAGAGCGGCGGAGGCCGCACAGAAAAUAGGUUUCCUUGAUAUUCUCGACAUGCACUCGCCAUUGGAGCCCAGCGUUGGGUGCAACAAAAUGCAGUUCACCAUUGAUUCUACGGGCAGGCGUCACUCGGCUUUUCGUGCUUAUCUACCCCAAGAAGUAGUCGAUCAUCGACCGAACCUCCAUAUAUGCACGAAUACGAUUGCUUGCAAGAUCGUGUUUUCGGAAGCCGAUGAUGGCGUCGUACGCGCGGUUGGCGUUGAUUUGCAGGCCGUAAGAGGAGGCCCAAAGCGAGCGAUCACCGCUCGCAAAGAGAUAGUACUCUCUUGUGGUGCGCUGGGCACCCCUCAACUUCUAUUGCUUAGCGGAGUGGGUCCUGAGGAUCAUCUCCGGGAAAUGGGAAUACACAUCGUCAAAAGUUCUCCGGGCGUGGGACAACACUUACAAGACCAUCUCAUCAUCCAGACCAUGUACAACUGUCCGUUGCCCGACUCGCUUUGGGCGAUGGUCAGACGACCAACGACAUUGCUGAGAGAGCUGAUCAAUUAUUACAUAUAUGGUACGGGCUGGUUUCUAUGCAGGUUUGCCGAGAUGGAAGUGUUCGGUAUGUCCUCGUUGGUGUCCAAUGAUGGGUUGUCGAGUCCGCUCGCCAAAGAGCAUCUGGACUCCUUCGAUCCGGAGAACCUACCUGAUUUUGCUGUCCUGCCUUCUCCGAUUGCAGAUUACACGAAGCAUCCGGUGGAUAAGUCCAAGGGCAUUUGGGGACUUCAUGCGGCUUUGCUACUCCCAAGAUCCAGCGGGAGACUAACACUCCACUCACUUGAUCCGAAAGCUUUGCCGCACUGCGACAUGCGAUACUUGAGUGCUCCUGAGGACUACGCAGCUCUUCGUGCAGCCCUGCGCGUGUCUCUCGCAAUUACUCGUGAGAUGCGUGCCUCUGGGUAUCCGCUCGAUGCAGUCCAGGUUCCCGAUGUCACCAGCAACACCGCGCUAGACGAGUUCAUCGAAGGGAAUGUCAACACGAUGUUCCACUACGCAAGCACGUGCCGCAUGGCCCCGGAGGAUGAUGCGCAGCCUGGAGUUGUGGAUGAUGAACUUCGCGUGCAUGGGAUCAGAAACCUGCGUAUCGCUGAUGCGAGUGUCUUCCCUGAUGUGCCGGCCGCGCAUCCGCAGGCGCUCGUCUAUGCCAUGGCGGAGAGAUGCGCUGAUCUGAUCCGGCAGAAUGAUACUUUCAUGGCCUCCUCAUCCUGAAACGUUGCUUCGCGUAGCAGCUAUCCGGCCCUCCCACGGGCCAGUCUGCUUCCGCGAGUCAUUCGCAUGUUUGUUCGCGCCGCCGCCAGAAAACUUGGAUAUAUCUACAGCUGGACUUGUUCGAAUGAUCACUAUUUUCUCAGCCGGAGGACAGCGAGUUCCGAUUUCGAAUAAUCUUCCCGAUGGCUGUGUCCAUUCAAGAAAUCUCGUUUUCGCACUCCAUUUUCUUACGAGAGGAUUUUUGUGCGUUGCUUGAGACAUGCGUUCUCUCUUUCGUAGGAUUCAUUGAACGUGAUGGCCAGUGCUCUGUUGUUCAC